UAUUAAUAACACAAGAUGUGGUAAAAAUAUGAUUGUCUGCAAUGAAGAUACGAUAAAAUUGUACAUCAUAAGAGAAGAAAUAGGAGAAGGAUGUAAACCAAUAUUCGACAGGGAAGAAUUAAAAAAGAUUAUAAACAAGACUAACGAAAUAGAAGAACGACGCACAGUUGUAGCUAUAGAUAAAGAACAAUCGGCCUCGACGAUCAAGCCACGUUCUUUGAGGAAACGGUCUUUAUCCUUGAGUCCUAUUAGGAAUCACGUCUAUUCCGGAUAUCCAUCUUCCUAUCAAUCCAGUCGUCGCGUGGAUUUGAAGCAUCAGGAUAAGACAGAAAAAUGUGAUACUCGUAAAGAUGAUGGGAGAAGCGAUUUAGAGAAACGCAGAGAAUAUAAAGAGAAAUAUACCGAAAGAGAUGGCGUAAACAAGCAUGAUACUAAUCGAUCGCGUUCUAGAGAACGUAAUUCACAUUCCAGGCCAUUUAUAGAAGAAAGAUCAUAUCGCGACAGAUAUCGUGAAAGAUCGAAUGAACGAAGAUCUUAUGAAAGAAGAGAUAGAGAUAGAGAGAGAAACAGAGAAAGAGAUAGGAACAGAGACAGAAAUAAAAAUAGAGAUAGAUCCAGGGAACGAAGAGAUAUAGCGCCACAUUAUAUCGAAUCGCCAAUACCCGUACCUAUCUAUUAUGGUAGCUUUCCUCCGAGACCUAUCGUAGUAAGCCCUAUGGUUCCAUUAAGAGGACAAAUUCCUCCUAUGGGAAGAGGCAGACAUCCUACUUUAAUGGCACCAGUUAGACCAUUUCCACCAAGAUUUCCUCCAGAUAUGUACAGAUUGGGACAUCCACCUCCAAAUCCAAAAAUGCGAUAUGUCCGACGAAAUGAAGCAAGAGGCGAUGGAAUUAUGCGUGACUGCAGCAGAAAAAUACGCAGACAACUAUGAGAGCGUAUCUCGAAUGAUCAAGGAGACAAUGGAUAAAAAAUUUGGUGCGUCGUGGCACACUGUUGU